AAGAUAAAGAUAAUCAAUAUUAUACUUCCACCGCUGUGUUUUUGUCAGAAUUGACAAAACUCGUUAUUUGCAUCUACUUGACUAUCAAUAGUCAAAUCAAGGAAACAGGUCGAUUGAGUCCUGUGGAACUUUAUAAUCAGGUGUUUGCACCAGAUGCAUGGAAGCUAAUGAUUCCAGCAGCUUUAUAUACGAUCCAGAACAAUUUACAAUAUGUUGCUGUCAGUACGUUGGAUGCAGCCACCUUUCAAGUAACUUAUCAGCUUAAAAUUUUAACAACAGCACUUUGUUCUGUAAUCAUGCUCAAAACCUCUUUGAGUUCGAUUAAAUGGUUUUCUUUGGUCUUACUUACUGUUGGAGUUGCAUUGGUUCAAAUACAUGAUUCAAAACCCAACAAAGAGAACGCCGAUGAUGAAGAUGCAAGUAUGGAAAAAAUUGUGGGUCUGGGGGCUGUUUUUGUGGCCUGUAUUAUUUCCGGUAUUGCUGGAGUAUAUUUUGAAAAAGUCCUUAAAGGAUCUCAAGCAUCUGUGUGGGUACGCAAUGUUCAACUUUCCUUCUUCUCGCUAUUCCCCGCUUUGAUAUUAGGCGUUUGGUGGAAAGAUGGAUCGGGAGUGGGAAAAAACGGUUUUUUUCAUGGUUACAAUCCCGUCGUUAUUGCGGCAAUUUCGUGUCAAGCUAUUGGUGGUAUAAUAGUAGCUUUGGUCGUCAAAUACGCAGACAAUAUUUUAAAAGGAUUUGCGACCUCUAUUUCUAUUAUCAUUUCUUUCCUUGCUUCAAUUUAUCUUUUCGCAUUUCAAGUUAACAUCACCUUUAUAUUUGGAGCUACCCUUGUGUUAAUUGCGACAUAUUUGUAUAGUAAACCUGAUGUCCCAAAAAAAGAUUACACGAUG